AUGACCGCGGUCACCAUCCAAAACAGCGACUAUGAUCUCUGGGACGCAUGGCUUCACAAAAUCUAUGAGAACACGCAACAGGACAACUGGUUCAUGCCUUCACAAGAUACCGCCUCGACGGGUGUAGCCAUACGCGUCGACAGCGGUUUCUUCCGCUUGUUCCCUUAUGAGAACCGUUCACUCAUCCCCUUCGAGGCUGCAGUUCGGAGACUCAACCCAGUCGUCGCAGUCAAAAUACGCAGUGCCGCCGUACACGCUGCCAUUCGUAAAAUCGGCGCAACGGACGAUUCGUUAUAUCUCGACCAAAACACCCGCAUCCAAAUCUUACAAUCGAUGGAUCAGCUGCCCCAGGCAGAGAAGGAUCAAUGCGGUGCUUUUAUCCGAGACGAAAAUGCGGUCGUUCUCUGGAGUUAUGCUUUAGAAGGCAUGAUACCGCUCUGUAGAGAGUUCGAGGAAAAGCUCAUCAAGCAUAUAUGGCGCACACGGGCCAUCGGGCGGAAACAGACCCCGUCAUUGGCUAGUUCCCUCAACUCCUCACAGACGAGAGAAGAAGUGUUACCAGAGCUCAAUGAGAAAGAGGCGGAAGAGCAGUCAAACGAGGACGAGUCCAAGACAGAAAAGCCGUCUCCGAAAGACAACUGGUGGGGCUGGAAAUUGAAGCCUCGCAAUGGGGCUGCUGUCAAUGCUGACCCAGAGAAGGGCACCCCAGGCAAGAGAGAGGAGAGGAAAUUGGUUCUUAUUGGGCCUAUGUAUGCGGGGCUUGGUGCUGCGUUGGCUGCUUGUACGUUUCUUUUAUUGUCUUACGUGCUACGCUUUCCACUUACGCGUGCGUCAGAUUUCAUGUCGUCGGGUAUUCGUGUACUCCUCGAAGAAUACGCUUUAGAUGGGAGUAUGACUCGGUUUGCCCUGCUGGCUACUUUACCUGUCAUUUAUUGCGUAUCCAUCUUCUUUUGCCUCCAACUCAUCGGUAACAUCUGCCUGGUACUUGGCCCUGUAGCGCAAUAUCAUGAAAACUCAAUGUACUACUCCGCCAUCAAACCCGCGCCGAACCCAGAGAUUGACAAUAAUCUGCCGCAUAUCACUAUCCAAAUGCCAGUGUACAAGGAGAGUUUGGAGCAGACCAUAUCCCUGUCCGUUUUUUCAGUAAAGAGAGCUAUGCAGACGUAUGCUCGAGGAACCUCGGCAAUCUUCAUCUGCGACGACGGUAUGCAAUGCAUACCAGAGACCGACCAGAACGAGCGUAUUGCAUUCUACGCCAACCACAAUAUUGGCUGGGUAGCUAGGCCGCCUCAUUCAUCCUCACCUGAAGGGUUCAAGAGGGCGGGCAAGUUCAAGAAGGCUAGCAACAUGAACUAUGGUCUGCAACUCUCACUCAAGCUCGAGAAGUUCCUCGCACAGCUGGAAGCGCAGGGCGCGCAGGAUAACGGGGACGAUUACCUCGAGGACCAGGCUAUGCGCAUGGCGCAAGAGGAGAUGUAUGAAGAAAGUGGGAAGAAGUGGAAGCCCCGCUGUGCGAAUGGGAAGUCGUUGAGGGUGGGCGAGAUUAUUUUGAUUAUUGAUUCGGAUACGGUUGUCCCGGAGGAUUGUUUUAGGGAUGCUGCAAGGGAGAUGGGAGAGUCUCCGGAUGUGGCUAUUAUCCAACAUGAAUCUGAUGUCAUGCAAGUCGCACACCAUUACUUUGAAAACGGCAUAACCCACUUCACGCGGCGCAUUAACAAGUGCAUCUCUCUCGGGUGCGCUAAUGGCGAAGUAGCGCCUUUUGUGGGACAUAAUGCCUUUCUACGGUGGUCUGCAGUACAAGACGCGGCGUUUAUCGAUCCGGCGGAUGGGAGGCGAAAGCAGUGGUCGGAGGCUAACGUCUCUGAGGACUUUGAUCUUGCGCUUAGGCUCUUGUUGAAGGGGUAUACUUUGCGCUGGGCGACGUAUUCUGAGGGGGGGUUUAAGGAGGGUGUGUCGUUGACUGUUGUUGAUGAGCUUGCGAGGUGGCAGAAGUAUGCUUAUGGCUGUAACGAGAUCAUCUUCAACCCCCUUAUCAAGUGGUGGCGUCAUGGACCUAUCAGUCCCCAACUCCGUGGUUUCGUAUGGUCGAAGGCACCGCUUCAUUAUAAGAUUGGAAUGAUGUCUUACGGUAUCGCAGCCGCGUGUUUCGGCUCGAUUAUGAACUAUCUCUUACUGGGUCUUUCAUUCCAAAUCGAUCAAUUCUAUCUACACAGUUUCGAGAUUCUCCUUGCGUGCACGGCUGUCUUUCCUGGUAUAGGAAAUGUGGGGUACACGCUCCUGGAAUAUCGGCUUGGGCAUAGGAAUAUGGCUGGUGCGCUUUUGGAGAACUUGAGGUGGAUACCUUUCUUCUUAUUCUUCUUUGGUGGGCUGAGUAUACAUCUCUCAACCGCUCUCCUGGCGCAUCUGUUCUCGUACGAUAUGACUUGGGGAUCAACGGGAAAAGAAGUCGAAAGGUCUUCAUUCUGGAUUGAAGUCCCAAGAAUCUGGGAACGCUUCAAGUUGUCCUUCAUCAUCUGUUUUGCGUGCAUCGCCAUGAUGAUCAUAUUCACCACUGAUGUGGUGCCGUUUGGGUGGCAGAUCGAAGGGUGGAACUAUGCGUUGGUUAUUCCGCUUUCUUUGGUUGUUGGGUGUCAUAUACUACUUCCUAUCGUGCUUAACCCGUGGUUGAUGAUCUUCUCGUAUUGA